CUCGUUUGCGUCGAACGACGGAAGGAACGCCGCUCUUCCGUCCCUGUUUCGCGAUCCUCCGUCGUUUUCUCCGGCCGCGCCGUUCCAGGAAAACUACGCACCCGCCGUUUUCCAGCCGCUCGAUCUCGUAACCGCAUGCCGCGGAACUCGGUCGUCCGUGACGAAAACUUCAACGCGAUGACUUUCUUCGCGACGCGCGUUCUCAAACGUUGCGCCAUCGACUUCCGCUUCCCAGAGUUCGCGAGGUUCGCAGAGUAGCAACGGUGCGUCGUCCACGUCUUUCAGGAGGAAAGAUUAGCACGCGCGUACAGUUUCCCUUUUAGAAGCUUUGCGACACGUUACGAGGCAUUUUUAGGGCCGUUGCACGCUCGUGGCUACCACCAAGUCCUGAGUUUCUGGAUCGCGCGAUCUACGCACACGCGGGGUCGAUUCGCGAUUCUCGUUGCUUACCAGCAACAAGAUCGGAAAAUUCUCUUUACAUUUUUCCGAGAGACGAUCGGGAACGUUCGCCGAUCGUGUAACACUCUGCCUGUCGAUUAUGCGUUUCCAGAUAGACGCGGGUAUCUUAGAAAAUUGCCAACAACGAGCUUAGAGAGACAGAGUUGGUUUUCCACGACUCCGCGAAGAAAUCGCGGACGUCGUGUCUUGGAAUAAAAUUCUGCUCGUACGCGGGAAGAAAUGCGUUGUACAGUUUCUUCUUUAUUGGACUGCGCGGCCAGGGGAAUCGAGGACAAAGUUGUAUUUUUGCAGGAAGCAUGUUGCGUGUGCUUACCCUCAAAGACGGUAGAGGAAUGCCGACGCUGGACUUCGACAGAGAUGGUCUAACGAAGCUGAAGAAGGCGAUCAAAGCCAUCCACAACUCUGGAAACGCUCACGUCGAUAACGAGGUGUACCUUGGAAGGGCACUGGAAAGGCUCGGGGAUGCAGCCUUGAAAGAACAGGAACCGGAUAUCGGCGCUGCUUUCUUAAAGUUCGCCGUCGUCACGAAGGAAUUGAGCGCCCUCAUGAAAACUCUGAUGCAGAACAUCAACAAUAUCGUGAUGUUUCCCCUGGACUCGGUGCUGAAGGGUGAUCUGCGAGGCGUGAAAGGCGACUUGAAAAGGCCGUUCGAAAAGGCGUGGAAAGAUUACGAGGCUAAAUACGCGAAAAUCGAGAAGGAAAAGAAGCAGCACGCGAAAGAGGCUGGCCUCAUUCGAACGGAAGUGACGCCGGCCGAGAUCGCCGACGAGAUGGAGAAGGAGAGAAGAUUGUUUCAAUUGCAAAUGUGCGAGUAUCUUAUAAAAGUGAACGAGAUCAAAACGAAGAAAGGAAUUGAGCUGCUUCAGCAUCUAGUCGAAUAUUACCAUGCACAAACCAAUUACUUUCAAGACGGCCUAAAAACCAUCGAACACUUUGGUUCGUACGUGGCUGACCUGAGCGUGAAAUUGCAAAAGAUCAGGCAAACGCAAGACGAGGAGAGAAGGCGACUAACAGAACUGAGAAAUCUCCUUAGAAGCUCAGGUUGCGACAAAGAGUUGAACGUAAACGCGAAUGCAGGAUAUUCGCUUCACCAGCUGCAAGGAGAUAAGCAACACGGCGUUACCAGGUCCGGGCAUCUUCUGAAGAAAAGCGAAGGAAAAAUGAGGAGAGUUUGGCAAAAGAGACGCUGCGCGGUUCAAGCCGAAGGCUAUCUAGAUAUCUGUCACGCGGACGAGAAUAAACCACCGACGAGAGUGAAUUUAUUAACCUGUCAAAUCAAGCUAGUACCGGAUGACAAACGGGGUUUCGAUCUCAUUAGUUACAACAGGACGUAUCACUUUCAAGCGGAAGACGAAGCAGACCAGAGAGCGUGGAUGUCCGUUUUGGUAAACUGCAAGGAACGUGCCCUGCUUCGAGCAUUCGACGCCAGUGGCAAGGCAGAGGCUGGCACAGGAAAUCCAAGUUUAGUCGAACUUCAACAGGCUGUAAUACGAUGUGUCAUGAGGUUACCUGGAAACGAUCAAUGCUGCGACUGUUCAUCGCAAAAUGAUGCUACGUGGCUCUCUACAAAUUUUGGCAUAAUCGUAUGCAUAGAAUGUAGCGGAAUUCACCGGGACUUAGGAGUGCACAUAUCCAGAAUACAGUCCUUAACGUUAGACAACGUUGGCACUGCUCAAUUACUUCUUGCACGGCACAUGACCAAUCAGGCGUUUAACGAAGUGAUGGAAGCUACAUUGCAUCAUAAUCACAAGCCAACGCCAACUUCAACGAUGGAAGAAAGAUACGAAUUUAUAAGAGCCAAGUACGUGGAUAAGAGAUACGUGAUGAACACUUGUGCAGAUGAACGAGAUCUCCUUUCUGAUUUGGAACACGCCGUUAAUAAUCGCGACCUGCAACAACUUCUGCAAGUCUAUGCUGAAAACGUAGAUUUAGCAGCACCCUUGCCUACCUCGGAUCUGGGCGAGACGGCUUUACAUUUAGCGAUUCUACGCGAAAUGGGAAACAGUUUACAUAUUAUAGAUUUCCUAGUGCAGAAUAUGUCGACGGGUGGUAUAGAUAGGACUACGAUCGACGGAGAAACAGCGUUACAUCUUUGUGCACGACACGACAGAGCAGAAGCGAUGAAGCUGUUACUACGGGCAGGCGCUGAUCCAACACACCGAAAUAAACAGGAUAAAACCCCGCUUGACAUUGCUCAGGAAAUGGGACAUCACACAUGUAAAGAACUGUUGAGUCAUGCUCUACAAAGACAGAAAACAUUGUUUGAUAAUGUUAACAUCGAUUGGAAUCUUUCACACGACGAAGGAUCUACUGAUUUUUCUGACGAUGAAACGAUAAUAGAAGACAGGAAUGGCUGUUUAACACCUGAAAAGAAGUCUCGCAGUAGGCCGCCUUCUUAUGUAGGCGGUGGUGGUAGUGGUGGUGGUACCGGAUCGGGAGAUUCACCAGUGACUUUACGUAGUCGAAGUAGCACUUGCGAUAGCCUGCAAAGCGGUUCUUCUCCAAGUUCCUCGACAAAUAGACAACAAAUGCCCCCACCACCACCACCUCAAUCGAGGAAACCUGUUGUUGUACCUGCUCCCAUGGCUCCAGAUAUUUCGGUCAAUAUUCAUGGAUCACUGAAGAAGCGUGUAGCGCCGCCACCACCACCGGCCGGAAGUACAGGUGGUAUACCUUCCUCUCAUUACGGUACUCUACCUUCGUCCGCGUCUUUAGCAGCGUCAACGCAUAGCCGUACAACGAGCGAACCGAUCUUAGCUGGGCAUUCUUUACAUACUCUACCACAUGCGUUAAAUACAUUAAACAGUCAGCAUCAUAAAAGAUCGCCCAGUGGAGAUUCUUCAACGGGACACGGUGCGUUUGAAAAUUCACGCAAACUCCUCUACGAACUGCCGUCUAGUUCGGGUACGGACAAAGUAAACAGCUCGACGCUCCAGAGGCCGAGGAAUCCUCCACCUCCAGCCCCAUCCGGUAUCAAUUCGUCCAGAUUGAGCAACGGACGUAGCAGUGAAUCAUUAAGCUCUAUGUGUUCGGAUCAUGGUUUGGGUAAUCCCAUUCCGCCUCCACGUAAGCGAAGGGACCGGGCCAGGCUAGAGAGCUACGCUGAGGAGCCUUCAUCUUUGCUCCCAAAUCUGAAUCUGCCAACUUCGUCGACCCUAAGCGGUCUGCGACGCUGUCGAGCCUUGUACGACUGCGAAGCGGACAACGAGGACGAAUUAUCGUUCCGCGAAGGCGAGGUGAUCAUCGUGACGAAUGAGCAAACUGACGACGACAACUGGAUGGAAGGUGCCCUCGAAAGAGCGCCUGAAAGGAGGGGAAUGUUCCCGAUCAGUUUCGUGCACAUGCUGCAAGAUUAACAUUCGGUAAGCCUGAACUCGUUGGCAAGUGUCUCCAGUACUGCCAGCUCCGUGAGCGUUGCUAGUCUCGGCAGAAGGUCUUGGUUGAGAAAACCAAAGGAUUGAAGAUGAAGGAUCGGGCGUUUGUCUGGCGAUUGUUUAAAAAUCGUCGAUUUCACGAUGUCCAUUCUUUUGGCACUUCUUCUCUAUGUUUCUACAACACACUUGUAGGCCUCGAACUUUUGUACACGAAGUUAUUAUCGUUCGAACUAAACACGCGAGUGUAGAAAGUGCUUCGGAAAUAGGUAGCUUUAGUGCGGUAUUCUAACCUCCUUAAGAAUAAACCUAAUCAUAACCUAACCCUAAGAAUGAAAGAAGAUCACUAGAAUAUAGAUCUAGGAACUCUUCCUUUCUGGAAUAUAAAUGAUUUCCGUCUGCAAAAAUACACGCAUCGCACCGACGUUUUCAGAGACAUGCAAAAAUUCCAGGUGUAUUCCGAAUUUUUUCAUGCGCAGAAAUAAUCCAGAUUUUUAGUAUUAUCACGCUAUCAAUAGUAUUACUAUCUUUCUCCCCAUUUCUGAAGCACCAUGUAUACUAUGAACUCGUUCGAUCUGUUGUUCGAACCGAACAAUAUUCGGUAUCCUAACUGCGUUUCCACUUGAGCAAACAUACAUAAUCGAGUGUGUACUUUUGUCACAAAUAGUAGUUCGCUCGAACGUAGAAACGUGCUUAAGAAGGUAAAUCAUAGCCACGCUAUGUACUAAUGUGGAACGAAUCAAAUUAAUUCACUGUAUCGCUUGAUUCCACUGGGAUAAAUUGACUCGGUUGGACAUGUCGGACCUGUUUCUGGUUCAGUUUUUGGAGGUUACAUGGAAUUUGAAAUAGUUUCUUAGCUUGUAGAUGACAAUCAGCUUGAAAUUACUUCGUAGACACAUAUUGAUUUUCUGAAAUGGAGAUUUUGACAUUUGAAUAAUGUAGAAAACAGGAAAAUAAACGAAGAAACUUUUUUAAAGAUGUUUGUCUACGUCUGAGAGGAGGGGUAGAGUUUGAUGACUCUUAUGGAAAGAAAUAUCGUUUAAUUAGGAGAAGAACAAUUUGAAAAAGAUGGGGUUUGUCUUCGAGAGUGAUUUAGAAACAUCACGGAGAGUAGCUGCUAUAGCCUGAACAAAAUCAAUCGGCUUUUUCAAAGCCACCGGGAGAAACCCCCGCUAUUUAACUGUUAUGCAAAUUGACUCAGGAAAAGUAAUCUGCAAAUGUCCAUUCAAUUUUAAUCAUAUUGUAUUUAAAAACAACAGAAGCGCGUAGUAAAGCUGCAAAAAAGGUAUAAAACGGUGAAAGAAUUAUUUAAAGGAAUUAUUUUAUAAAGUGAAAUGCACUAAAGCAAAAGCUUGAACAAAAUUGAAGCUAUAAAGAAAGUUGGUAUAGUGAAAGUUUAUGCUAGUAGUAUAGUUAACUUAAGGUAUUUAAUGUAAUUACGGUAAGGAUGAUAUAUUGGAAUAAAAUUAUAAUUGGUAUGUAUAGAAGAAGAAAAGUAUAUUAGAGUUGUAUUUUUUUUAAUAAUCUCAUUGCAAUUGGGUUAAAGAAGAUUUUAGAAAUCCAAUUGAUAUUGUUCAGACUAUUAGCCUCGAUACUUCAUGUGCUGUAUCAAAACGUGCCUACUCGAGUCGGAUAUUCAAGCGUGAAGGAAACGUGUCUUUGACGAUUCUACAAUUCUAGAAAUGCAAAGAAUUUCGAUAAAUGAAAUGCAUUCAGUGCCAGAAGAACAAGAACGUAACAUGACUAUUAAUUGUUUCGAGCAAGACGUCGAAAUCGAAGACUGGAUCGAUUCGCGGUUCUGAAGACCGACGGUAAACAAACAUAAAAUGUGAUAUAAGAUAUAUUUCAGUAUAAAUUAUUAGUAUUACGAAUCGGAUUUAACAAAUAAAAGAAGAAUUCGGUACACUAAUAAAAUGGCGCUGUCGUGCGUGUUAAUCAAGGCAGAGCGCUGCGAUCGGCAAGUCCAUCGUAAAUUACAUUAAUUCGUUCGUAACUGAUUAGAACUAAGAGGAUACCGGUUUAUCUUGCUGCUAAUUAUUAUCGAUUGUAUUACGUAAAACCAGCAGGUAUAUUCGAUCGGAAUAAAAAGUAGACUGCGGAUGUUUAUACAAUUUUGUAUCUUUAUGGACAUUUUUGAUAUUUCUGCAGCCCUCACAAACGAAAAUGUUGUAAAAUGGGAAAUCACGGAAAAUAAACAUUCCUCGUCAUCCCUCUCCCUCUAAUCUCUUCAUCUGCACUCUGGAAUCUUAAAUUUCCCAAAAACGAGUAAACGUCCGCAGUCUGGAGUCACGUUCGGUAAAUGUGCACAAUUUCGUCUAUACAGAGCCAAACAUAAAAAGCGAAAAAAAAUAAAUGUAUGCGUGCGUGCGUGCAUGUGUGUAUGCGUGCAGUCAUAAGGAGAACAAAAGCAGAAGGGAAAAUACAGAGUUUGAUCUGUUACCUGUUGCAUGUCUUAAAUAUCUGGCGCACAUUUCUACUCUGUACUGCCAAUGCUGAGUAUACUCUAUUAUACAGUCGCGUUUCAGGCGAGUGAAACGAAAAGGAAAAUCAUAGAAAAAAUUUCCGUGAAAUAGACGCAACGAGUGGCGUCGAUCGUUAUAGAAGAUAUAAUAUAAACUUAGGAUGUCAAAAAGAAAAAGAAAAAAAAAGAGAGGCGUUCAUCUCCAUAAGAAAAGAAACGAUGUGACAUUAAAAUAUUGCAUGACACCGAUAGUAUUAUUAGCGUAUUCGACUCUUAACAAUCACGUGGUUACGAGCGUAUGUACAUUUUUGUAAUGCCAUAUUAUUUGUUAGUAAAUAUAUAUAUAUAUACACAAUAUAUAUAUAUAUAUAUAUAUAUAUAUAUAUAUUGUGAAAUAGAAUUAUGAAAUUAGAGAUUUAUUAGUCAUUAAGUAUAUAUAGUAUAAAUAUAUAUAUAUAUAUAUAUAUUUAUACUAUAUAUAUUUAUAUAUAUAUUUAUAAUGAGAUGAAAAGGAGGAGCAUAAAAGAAAGGACAGAGUAAUGAAGCCAAGCAUGUGCUGCGAUUUAAUCGAGAUUUAUGCGCCAGAAGCGAAUUGAAAUUUUUAUUUGUUACAUAUUUUUGCUUGAAACACUCUGAGACACAUACGAGACCAAAGAAAACAUUUUCUCGCGAGCGAGAGGGGAACCGUUGACGCUGUCUAGCUCAAUCUUGCGUAAAAGUGGACUGUAAUUUUCUUUCUUUUUUCUUUUUUUCUAAGCAAGUGUAAAUUUUUACUAUCCACUUUACUUCUGACACUGAACCGUGUGCUCGCCUUUUGUUUCUCUCUCUCUCUCUCUCUCUCUCUCUCUCUCUCUCUCUCUCUCUCUCUCUCUCUCUCUAUCUCCCUCUCUCUUUUUGUAUUUAAAAUGUUUAACCGGGAAACGUCACCAAAUAAAUAUAUAUAAUUAUACACGUA